UGUUCAUAUGUUUGGACAAUGUACGCCAUAGUUAUGGGACUACUGAUCAGAAAUAAUUUGUAACCACAGCAAUAAAAUAGGAUCCAUCUCCAGAGACAUUUCUGCAUUCAACACUGAGUUCCCUGCAGUCUUAAAUCCAGCAGCUGAUGGUGAUGCUAGAAGAGGUUCUCCCUAAGCAGCAGGAGAGGAGCUCCAGUCUGGACCAGGAGGAGCCACCAGAACCAACACACAUUAAAGAGGAACAAGAGGAACUAGGGAUCAGUCAGGAGAGAGAGCAGCUUCAAGGAACAGAGGAGGGUGAUAUCAACUUCUCUCCUGUCCCUGUGAAAAGUGAAAAAGAGGAUCGACUGGAGUCUCAGUCUUUACAGCUUGAUGAAAUCCAAAGAGCAGAGAAUGGAGACACAGAGCAUUUGAAAACAGAAUCUGAUGGAGAGGACUGUGGAGGAUCAAAAGCAGACAGAGAGAUUUAUCCAGACUGUCAUUCACAGACAAUUCCUCCUGACAAGGCUUCUCACCUCUCUGGAUCCGAUACUGAUGACAGUGCUGAUUGGGAGGAGACUGAUGAACCUCCGGGAAGUUUAAACCAGCAAGCAAAAAACACUGACAUAGCUCAGAGUGAUGUCAAAUACAGCACUGGAGACAAAUCAGUUAGCUCCUCUGAAUGUCCUCCAAGCUUUGGAGAGGAAAAACAAGUGCAGAAACUGGAAGGAACCCUUACAGGGGAUGAACGUCUGAGCUGCUCAGUUUGUCAUAAAAGAUUUUCCAAGCAAGGAAAUCUGAAGCGACACCUGACUGUCCACACAGGAGUGAAACAAUUUAGCUGUUCAUUUUGUGAAAAAAGAUUUUCUCGACAAUACCAUCUGAAGAGACACUUGACUUUCCACACAGGGGAGCAGCCAUUUAGUUGUUCAUUUUGUGGUAAAGGAUUCUCUCACCGAACACAUCUGAAGCAACACCUGACUGUCCACACAGGGGAGAAACUAUUUAGCUGUUCAGUUUGUCAUAAAAGAUUUUCAAGAAAAGGACAUCUGAAGGAACACUUGACUGUCCAUUCAGAGGAAAAACGAUUUAGUUGUUCAGUCUGUCAUAAUAAAUUUUCUCAGGAAAGAUAUUUGAAACAACACAUGACUGUCCACACAGGGGAGCAACCAUUUAGUUGCCCUGUUUGUGAUAAAAAAUUCUAUAACCAAGGACAUCUAAAGGAUCACUUAUCCAUUCACACAGGGGUAAAACGAUUUUGCUGCACGGUUUGUGGUAAAAGCUUUUUACGACAAGGACAUCUGAAACAACACAUGACUGUGCACACAGGGGAGAAACCAUUUAGUUGUUCAGUUUGUCAUGAACGAUUUUCUUACAAAAGAUAUCUGAAGCAACACUUGACUGUCCACACAGGGGAGAAACUGUUAACUUGUUCAUUUUGUGGUAAAAGUUUUUCACGCCAAGAACAACUGAUAGAACACUUGACUGUCCACACAGAGGAGAAGCCAUUUAGUUGCUCAGAUUGUCAUCAAAGAUUUUCUCACCAAUGUCACCUGAAGGAACACUUGACCUUACACACAAGGGAAAAACCAUUUAGUUGUUCAGUUUGUGAUAAAAGAUUUGCAAGGAGUGGAGAGGCAAGAAGACACUCUUUCAUCCACACAAGGGAGAAAAAAUCUCAUAAAGCACAAGGUGACGCUUAGCCUGUAUGCACUGCUGCCAUCUUAUUCUUUACCGCAGAUGUGUGUGAGGAGCGUCUUGUGACCUGGAAGGGAUGCUGGGAGCUGUAGUUUUUAAAGGAAACAGGGAGGUUCCUACACAUCAGGUUGCAAUGCUUGUGAUUAAAGAUGCAGAAAGCAAGAGGAUUUCAGUAUCCACAAGUGUGUUGGUGCAAUAUAUGAGUACAUAUAUCCAAAAUGCAGAUUCUAAAUGGUGAUUUUUAUUUAGUAUCCACAAGUGUGUUGGUGCAAUAUAUGAGUACAUAUAUCCAAAAUGCAGAUUCUAAAUGGUGAUUUUAUUUAUUAAGGGGGAAAAAAUCCAAACCUUUCUUGCCCUACGGCAAAAAGUAAUUGCCCCCCUGAACCUAAUAACUGGUUGUGCCACCCUUGGCAGCAAUAACUGAAAUCAAGCGUUUGCGAUAACUGGUGAUGAGUCUUUCACGUUGCUGUAGACAAAUUUUGACCCAGUCUUCUUCACAGAAUUGUUUUAACUCAGCCAUGUUGGAGGGUUUUCGAGCACAAACUGCCCAUUUAAGGUCACACCAUAGCAUCUCAAUUGAUUUUCAGUUCGGACUUUGACUUGGCCUCUCCAAAACCUUAUUUUUAUUUAUUUAUUUAUUUAUUUAUUUAUUUUUGAGCUAUUUAGAGGUGGACUUGCUGGUAUGUUACGGGUCAUCCUUCUGCAUUACCCAAGAGCGCUUGAGCUUGAGGUCGUGAACUGAUGGCCGGAAGUUCACCUUCAGGAUUUUCUGGUAGACGGCAGAAUUCAUGGUUCCAU